AUGUCGUUUCCAAACAAUCCCAUAAUAGUUGUCGGUGGCGGAUUAGCCGGCUUAUCUGCUGCUCAUGAAUGCUAUUUACGAGGAUCCAAUGUGGUCUUAAUAGAUAAACAGGGGUUUCUCAGUGGAAACUCCGGAAAGGCAACCUCAGGGAUCAAUGGUGCUCUCACUAGAACACAAGUUCAACUUGGAAUUAAAGAUUCAGUUGAUCAGUUCUACCAGGAUACAUUGGCUAGUGCAAAAGAUCGUGCUAACCCCGAGUUGAUCAAGGUUUUAACUUACCAUUCAAGUGAUGCCAUUCAUUGGCUUCAAGAAGUUUUUGGUUUAGACUUGACGGUAGUAAGCAGAUUAGGAGGUCAUUCCCAACCACGAACUCAUAGAGGCCAUGACGCAAAGUUCCCAGGAAUGGCAAUCACCUAUAGAUUACUUGAGACCUUAGAGAACUUGAGUGAGGAACAACCAGGUAGAGUCGUGAUUCUUAAAAAUACCCAAGUAGUUGAUUUAUUGAUGGAGGGACAAGAUACCAUUGGAGUGAAGUAUAAGGACUUGAAGACAAAGGAAAAAGGUGUAGUUAGUGGUCCUGUGAUUAUGGCCACUGGAGGGUAUGCAGCAGACUUUACAAAAAACUCGUUGCUUAGAAAGUAUAGACCAGAUAUUUUUGAUUUGCCUUCCACUAACGGAGUUCAUGCUACUGGAGAUGGACAAAAGAUUAUGUUAAAAAACAAGGCCAUUGGAAUUGAUUUUGACAAAGUACAAGUUCACCCUACUGGGUUAAUUGACUAUGACAGUAAAGAUGUCAUCAAUGGGUUGAAACAACCUCGAUUUCUAUUCUUAGGGGCAGAAGCAUUGCGAGGGGAAGGAGGUAUAAUGCUCAAUGGGAGAGGUGAAAGGUUUGUAGAUGAACUCGGUACACGAGACUAUGUCAGUGGAGAAAUGGAGAAACAAUUGAAGAAAGGCCAAGGUCCUAUAAGAUUAAUCCUCAACUCCAAGGCUGCAUCAAAGCUAGAGUUCCAUGUGAAACAUUACCAGCAACGUAAUCUUAUGAGGAAGGUCACAGGUGAAGAAUUAGCUGUAGAUAUUGGAGUUGACAGCUUAAUUUUGACUAAGGAGUUUGAUGAUUAUAACAGUCACAACAAUUCUACCCCAGAUCAAUUUGGUAAGAAGUAUUUCCCAAAUACUCCUUUUACUUUCAAUACCAAAGAAGAAUAUUAUGUUUCUUUUGUAACCAGAGUUCUUCAUUUCACUAUGGGAGGAAUUAAGAUCAAUGAUAAGACUCAAGUGAUGUACCAGGACAGCGAAGAAGGCAAUAGCUUUAAGCCAUUCAAAGGCUUAUAUGCCUGCGGUGAAGUGGCAGGAGGCGUUCAUGGUCAUAAUAGAUUAGGAGGUUCAAGUUUAUUAGCCUGUGUUGUUUUUGGGAGAUUAGCUGCUGAUCAAGCGUCAAGUUUUUUACUCAAAAAGCUUUCUAAUACUUUACAAACCAAAGACUCUCAAGAUAGUAAUUCAGCAGUCGUGAGAUUGCAGCAGAUUAAUUUGCAUAUUGAUCCCCAAAGCAAUAGAGUUACGAUCAAUUGGGAUGGCCCAGGAUCGGAUUCCAAUCAAGGAAAGGAAGCUGAUGGACAGAUUGCACUGAAACCCCCGAGGUCCCCAACCCCGGGAAAAGAAGAACAGAAACAAAGUAAGUCUUUUUCUAUCCCAAAGAAAGAAUUCACAAUGGAAGAGAUCGCUAAACACAAUAAAUCUGAUGAUUGUUGGUGUGUAGUGAAGAACGUUGUUUUGGACUUAACCUCAUUCUUAGCUGACCAUCCUGGAGGCGAGCAGUCUAUCUUAAACUUUGCUGGAAAGGAUGCUACAGAAAGCUUUGACAUGUUACAUGAAGACAACGUUAUUGAACGCUAUGCAUCUCUGUGCGUUUUGGGUACUUUAAAAGGAAAAGCUUCGGAAUUGAAGUUCUAG